AUGGAAGAACUUAAAGCGUUCUUUAACAAUCCAUGCCCUUCAAAUGCUCAAGUAAUCAAGUUGCGUGGACCCCUUACCGGUGGACAAAGGAUUACAAAAGAUGAUCCUAUAAAUGACUUAAAUAGACGAGAAGAACAUCGUCAAUCAGUUGUAGAUAGUGGUACUGAUUAUGCUCGUGAAAUAAAAUUAAAAGAAACUGAAAUGUAUUUGAAGAAUGAGCGAGACCGUGAAAAUUUCCAAAGUAUAUCGGGUGGUUUAGACUCAAUGGUACAAUUAUCAACAUGGGGUUCGUCAUUUCAAAACCUGGAGACGUUGACCAAAGAGGCAAUGACAAAAGUUUACAGUAAAUACUCCUUUCAGAUGAAAGAGGACACUAAGAAUUUAGCUAUCAAUGCCUAUCAUGACGAUAUUUUAGAUAGAAUAAAAGCAUUUCCAGUAGUAAUAAUUGAAGGUCCCACUGGCUGUGGCAAGACCACUCAAGUUCCACAAUGGAUAUUAGAUGAUGCUUAUAAUAAUAGGAAGCCAUGUAAAAUAGUGGUAACUCAGCCGAGGAAGAUAGCGGCUAUAUCUAUUUCAAGAAGAGUUGCCCAAGAAAGAGGUUGGGAUGUGGGAGGCUUAGUUGGAUAUCAGGUCGGCCUUGAAAAUAGAACAUCUAAUGAUACCAGAAUACAUUAUGUUACAACGGGAGUAUUGCUACAAAAACUUGUAAAUGCUAAAAACAUGAAUGAAUACACACAUGUAGUGCUCGACGAAGUACAUGAGAGAGGGCAAGAUAUGGAUUUCUUAUUAUUAGUAGUUAAAAAACUACUUUACACAGUUUCACCAAGUGUCAAAGUCGUCUUAAUGUCUGCUACAUUCAAUUGUAGAGCAUUUGCCGAUUAUUUCUUGAUACCAACACCUGCCGGUUUGCAAAUGUCUUCAUGUUUGAAAGUGACAAACGAUAAACCUACAUUCACUGUGAAAACAUUUUAUUUGAAUCAAUUGACUAAGUUUGGAGCAAUCUUACAACAAUCAACACCCAAAUCUAACGAGCCAGUUAUUUUACCACCAAUGUAUCAUCUAGUCGUCAAACUGGUGAAUGCGUUUGAACAAAUUGAUAAACAAGAGGAGUAUAGUGACAGGUCGGAGGCAGAUCUGCCAUCAGUUCUUAUAUUUCUACCGGGUAUACAUGAAAUUGAAGAGCUAUAUGCUUCUUUAAUGGACAAAGAACUCAGGAAGAAAUUAGGUGAUGAAGAGUGUUCUUCAUACAAGUGGUGGGUUUUACCGCUGCAUUCAACUAUCACAGCUGAUGAACAGGUGAGGGUAUUCCAAAGAGCUCCGCCGGGACACAGGAAGAUCAUACUAGCUACUAACAUAGCUGAGAGCUCCAUCACUGUACCAGAUAUUAAAUAUGUUAUCGACUUCUGUCUCAUGAAAGUCUUAGUGGCUGAUGAGAACACUAAUUUCACGUCCCUACAACUAUCCUGGGCCUCGAAGACCAACUGCGAGCAGCGUGCAGGCCGAGCGGGCCGCGUCAGGGACGGCCGGGUCUACAGACUAGUUCAUGAGAAGUUUUAUGAUAAUCUCCCCCAAGAAUGCAAGCCAGAGAUAAUCCGUUGUCCUCUAGAGCGUUUGGUCCUUUUGUCCAAAAUGUUGGACAUGGGUCCACCGAGCAAUAUCCUCGCGCUAGCUAUGGACCCUCCGGACAUGUCCAAUAUACAUCGGACAAUUUUGGUGCUUAAGGAGGUCGGUGCUUUAAAGAAGACGAUGGACGGCGAGUGGUGUUUAUCAGACGGUGAUAUAACAUAUUUAGGAAGAAUCAUGGCCAAGUUACCGCUGGACGUGAGAGUGUCUAAACUGAUCCUACUGGGAUAUAUAUACGGAUGUCUUGAAGAAGCUGUUAUUAUGGCUGCCGGUUUGUCCGUGAAGAACGUAUUCAGCAGUCCAUUUCGUGAACGCCUCAACGCCUACAACUCUAAACUGACUUGGGCCGAUGGUUCAACGAGCGAUUGUAUUGCUCUACUAAACGUUUACAAGGUAUGGAAUCAUCUCCGGCAACAGAAGUAUUUCAAACAGCAAGGCACCAACGAAGUACAGUGGGCGCGUCGGUUCUACGUACAAGUGAGAGCGUUGAGAGAAUUGGAUGAUAUGGUGAAGGAAAUACGAGCGAGGCUUUCGAGGGAGGGCAUAGAGCAGGGGGCGUCCCCGUGGAACAAACAGGAACUACCGCUCGUACUGAAGGUUGUGUUAGCGGGUGCGUUCUACCCUCAAUACUUCACCCAAGCCAGUACGGACGAGUCCCGUGAGCGAGACGCGGUGAAGGUGGUGGGGGGGCUGGACCCGCGGGGCGCGGUGUACCUGCGGGGGCUGCCGGACGGACAGCCGGCCGAGCUGUACCAAGCCGCUGUACGAGCAGCGGUCUAUAGGCUACUGGGAGACGAGCCUAGGGUCACUGUUGAUGGAAAUAGCAGAAAAAUUUAUCUAACAUUCCAAGACAAUGAAAGCUCGAAGACUGACAAUAAUAAAGGAGGCGAUCCGACAAUUCCCGGUCAAGUUUUGCUACCUGUAUAUAAAGCUAUCAAAGCCAGACAACUUAAAAUGGAUAUAAGGAUACCAUUGUUACCACUGGAGAAAGCAAUAGCUCUAUCAGAAGCAAUGAAGUCUAAAGUCGUUAGUAAGGAUUUAAGCGCUAUGGUGCCAAGUCUGCCGGACAUAGACGACACACAUUUCGCUCUGAAAAUCUCUCAGUUUAUCAACGUAGGCAAGUUCUGGGUUCAACACGAUGAUGAGUCUACCAGGAAUGAGCUUCGGGAUAUCUUGAGGUCAUUGAACUCUAGGCCUCUUUUGGCUAUCACUGAGGAUGUAGCUGUGGAUGACCUGGUGGCAGCACCAUACGCUGAUGGUGCCAUCACAUUGAUGUACCGAGCAAGGGUUACUAAGAUACUGCCGAGAGACAUGUUAGAGGUGCUGUACAUCGACUACGGCAGUUCGGGUCGCGUAUCUCGCAGCAGUGUUCGCGCGCUGCCGCAAAUCAGCUGCAGGCCGCUGGCUUUAUGCUGCAGACUGGCGGGGCUGGCUCCAACUGCAGUGUUAGACUCACACACACACUGGUCACAAGCGGCACAAAGACUGUUCACGGAACUAGUGGGGAAGGGGAGACUCAUUGGGAAGAUUUAUUCAGUGGCCCAUGGUGUAGUCUCCAUAGAAUUAUUAUCAGAAGGUGGCAAGAUUAAUAUAAAUAAGGAGCUAUUAGACAAAGGUUAUGCUGUACCAUGUGAGGAAAGCUACGAUUCUAAGCUGAAUCACGACCUUAGAGAGAUGGCCACAGAUUUGAAUUUAGCGCAGAAGCGUGCGUACAACAAGGAACAAACAGAACUAGCUUUUACUCAACUACGGGAGGUAGAAGCGCCCAGCUACAGGGAAUGCAUAUCUGAUGUCUGUUUGAAAGGACCGUAUAGCCCAUUGGAAAUGUCUCUCCACAACUUGAUGUACGCGAGUCGUAAUAAGCAAGUGUUGGUCGAAUGGAGCUCCGUGAACUCCGUGCUAUUAGAUACUGAACCUCAGGAGGUGUACCAGCGGUUGCUUGUGUCAGCGGAGGUUGGUCAAAGUGCAUCAAGUAGUACGCUAUCACUCAGAAAUACGACGAUGAUGCCAAAUAUAAGAGGACUGCCCGCUAUUAUAGCCUUACUGUUUUGUCCAGAAGCGGAACUCCGUCGUGACAGCACGGCGUCCCGUUACGUGAGUGUGCUGUGCGGGCUCGGCUCUGACGAGGUCGGUCGGCCGAGGUUCCCUGAACAUGACCUACUGGUUGAUGUAGACGCUGACCUCUCCGUUGAUGAUAUAGGACUGAUAAACCAUAUCCGGCACCUGAUGGACUACAUGAUGUACUGUAGCGAGGGUCAAGACUCACCGGCCAUGGACGAUGAGUUGAGAGUCAAUGUGCCCAAGUAUAUAAGAGAAGACCUCAUGCAGUUGCUUCUGAAACGUCGUAAGCAUCGCGAGACUGAAAGCGUUGUUAACGCCUGGGAAUGGAAAUCAAUACCAGAAGAUGAAUUACUUGAGAUCACUAUACCUGAUAUGAUGGAACGAACAGUUGUGUAUUCAUUACACUCGCCUUUGGAAUUACGACCUAAAGAUAGAGAGACAUUAUUAGCGUUGAAAAGAGAUAAUGAUGACCUCAAGAUGAAAGUUAGCAGGUCGUUGGUGUCUAAUGAUACUGUUUUGGUCUGCAAGUUGUGUGGAUCAACGCCCAUGCCGGUACACUCGAUGAGGAUUCAUCUUAGUUCAAACUCUCAUCGCGAUAAAGAGGAAGACUUCAAAAAUGUUUUAUCAUAG